UAGUCACAAAGCCGGACAGGCUUGCCCGCAGAAUCAGCGGAGCUUCCCUAUUGAUGUGCCCUCUUGCUCCUUUCUGCUCAGGCACCAGGGACUUCUCACCCACAUGCUGUAGCAGACACUUACCUCGGGUCUGCGCCGGUUUACAACUCCAGGAACCGCCAGUCUGUGAGAGUUCCUGUUAUCCAACUUCAACGCUAGGGUUAAGGGCGCCGGCCUUUAUCCGUUAGAAAGCCUACGAUGGCUACAGAGGCGAAGACCCCGUUGGCUGAACAUCCACCGAUCAGUCCCAGAUCCCUUAGAGGCCGAUGGAGGACGGCACCGAAAACUCAGGGGCCUGGUCAGCGAAAUCCUCAGAGGGUCCUGGGGCAGAGCGUCUUGCUUAGCAUAUCCAGAGUCCGUCUCUUCUCCAGAGGGACUCCCUUCAGCCAGGGCCACCGGGAGAAGGGAAUGCAGACAGCGAGAAGUCCAAGGGCUCAGCUGAAGCCUGAAAAGAAGUUAGGGCACAGCCCAAGGAGCCACGGGAACGGCAGACCACGGAAAGAACUGAUGAUCCCAGGGAUCGUGGAUUUCCAGCUGAUCCAAGCGGCGCUGAGGACCCCCAAGCCCCAAAGCCCCGGGGCCUACCGCUUUGGCCGCCUCAGCCACCACUCCUUCUUCUCCCGGCACCACCCCCACCCACAACACGUGACCCACAUCCAAGAUUUCACCGGGAAGCCCGUCUGUGUCGUCAGAGACAAGUUCUCUCUGGCCCCCUUGCCUCAAGCCACACUCUUAUCCCGCUGUCUGAUGGCGAUGCCCACCAUCCCUGUCCCCAUCGGAGACCCGCAGUCCAAUCGGGACCCCUGGCUUCCUUAUGGACACAGGGCAGAAGGCUGGGGAGGUGAGCAGGCUCUUCCCACCCCCCACAGCCCUCCCAGUGCCGGGUGCCGCAGGGAGGGCAAAGAGGAGGACCCCGGGUAUCAGCUGGCAACGUCUUGUCCCCUCAUCCCAGAGGCCUGGAAAAAGGAACUGAAGAACCUGGCUUCUCGGGUGGCCGUCUUCACCGAGAACGAGCUGAAGAGCAAAGAGAAGGAGGAGCCUCCGCGGGAGCAGGGAGCAAAAUACUCAGCUGAGACCGGCAGGCUCAUCCCCACUGGCACCAGAGCCAUUGGCCACCGUCACUCCCGCCAGGACCCACGGAUCUAUCCCUCUGGUAAAGAUGGAGGAGUCCAGACCUUCAAGCUGCCGGAUCAGGAGCUGCUGAUCCUGGAGCUCCUCUGCCAAAUCCUGCAGACAGACUCCUUGAGCGCUAUCCAGUUCUGGCUACUAUACGCUCCCCCGAAGGAGAAAGAUUUGGCCCUGGGGCUCCUGCAGACAGCGGUGGCGCAGCUCCUUCCUCAGCCCCUAGACUCCAUCCCAGUAGAAAAACUUCUGGAUCAGCUCCAGGAAGGCCAAGAGCCAUCUCAAGAGAGGAAACAGCCACCCUGCAGCCAAUCCUUGAAGAAGAUGAAGACACCGCCUCUACCCAAAGGCGACAAACCGGAGUAUGUCGGGAAAGCCCAAGUCCUCCGAAUGCAUUCAAGCCAGAACGCAGCAGAGAAACCGUCAAAGCCAGAGGCAGAAUGCUGAGGAGUCCGAGCCACUUUGCCCGCCCUGCUCAAGAGCAGCCCCCAGGUUCAAGGUUGUUCCCAGCCCUAGGGCCUCAACAGCAACCCCGACUUUCCUAUCACAGGGAGCCUAUUAAAAACCUGCCUUCCCUUUAAGAGGACAAUUCCAUGCCUACUCUCGGUAGUAGGUCUGUGCCCCACUCCCUUGAAGAAGGCCCAAGUGGAAUCACUCACGCGGGGCUCAGGCUCUGUCCUUCCCGAGCCAACACACACAGGACUCUGGGUCGGUCAGAGCGGAGGUCAAGAACGCACAGCCCUCCAUAAAGUAAUACCAAUACCUCCAUCAGUACCAACUGUUGAGUUCUACCAGGCUCUGUGGGGGCGGGCUCUAGACAAUAGAUCGUGGUGAGCACUGUGUUACAUAGUUCACAUGUGGUGCCAUAUUUGCUUCUCCUAGAAGCCCUCCUAAUAUCAUCGUUCCCAUUUGCUAGAUGAAUAAAUCAGGGCUCAAACCAUCUGUCCAAAUCCACACUGUAAGUGGCGGAUCCAGGACCCAAAUCCAUCACGUCUGGCUCGGGAACCCCCGCUCUUCCCCGCUGUGCUCUACUGCCUUGCGGACAGCAACCCUCACCAAAGGUUGUGGCUGCAAUGCAAAAAGCCUGAGCGUUAACAAAAACGGUGGUCGGCAAGAUCAAGGAGGGGACGUGGCGGAAAUGUGACCCAGCUGGGGUUUCGCUCCCCUUUACGAUCUAGAGAAGAUGGCCUUUGACCCUCUGGGGAGUCCAGCGUGAGCCUUGGGAUUUCUGCAGAUUCCCUGGAAAGCCGGGGCGCGGAGAUAUGGGAGGCGCUGAGGAUCUACAGUGUCAUUGUCGCCUGUGGUUCUGAGCUCCUGCUUCCACUGAAUUAGGUCCGUGGAUCACCAGUCCGUCCUCUUCUGGCCACUCGAUUCGGCCCCACCUCACGGCAACUCAGACCGAUUGCGUCCCUCCGGGUUUCCUCAAAUACCCAGUUCACGCAAACCUUGUGUGUGCCGCAGGCUUCGGUCCAGAUCAGGGGCUGGACGGGGAUUGGCUGUGGAUCCAGCCAACAGCUUCACGUCCGUAUGAGAUCGCCUUGUUUUUUUAAAGUCCCCUCUCCCACGGAGGACGUCCCCCUGGCGGCAGCAUCUUUUAUAACCACGCCCCUUGCCAUCUUGCUGGCUUCGUCCUCCCCCAUCUGCACCUCUACCACGCGUUCGCCUCCAGAAAGCCCACGUUCAUUGUAUUUUCAUUGGUUUCCAUUUUUUUAAUCUUGGUAAAAUCCACAUAGCAUAGACCUUACCACUCUACCCACAUUUCAGGUGUAUACAGUUCGGUGAUUAAGUACACUCACGUUGUUGUACAAACAUCACCAACCAUCUGUCCACAGAACUCUCUUCACCUUGCAAAACUGAAUGUCUGUGCCCAUCAAACACUUGUUCCGCGUUCCCCCUCCUUGCCCCCAGCACCCCCCUAGGAACUGGACUGCUCUAGGUACCUCGUAUCAGUGGAGUCACAAAGUAUUUAUCCUUUGGUGACUGGCUUAUUUCACUUAGUACGAUGACCUCCAGGCUCAUCCAUGUUGUAGCCUGUGUAGGAAUUUUCUCUCAUUUAAUAGUUUUGCCGAUGCAAUAGUUCAGCUUCCCCCCCCCCCCCGCCCCCGGCCCAGUCCCUGUUCCCUGGCUCUCCAGCCCCUCCCUUGGGCUGUCCAGCCCCGUCAACGGGCUGACCUAGAGGUUUGUUCCUGGACUAGGGCCCUUGCCCUUUGGCAAUUGUAGUUAUGACAAUCUCUCCCUCCUCCCUUAGGAAUAAUUUUUAGCCAUCCACACAGUAGAACAUCCUAGAAGGUAUCUGCUUCCAGAAUAAAUCAUACUUGUUGGCACAGAA